CGGCUGCAGCAGCCGUCCGUGGCCAUGCUCUACGCCGAGCUGGCCGCGCUGCUCCCAGGCCUCCGCUACCGGGCGAGCAGGGUGGAGGUCGUGGAGGCGGCGGCGGAGCAGGUGAAGGUGCUGGAGGACACGGUCGCUGUGCUGGAGGCGUACAGGGCGGUGCAGACGGGAGGCGGCGCCGCCGCCGCCGCCCGGAAGGAGGUGUCCGUGUCGUGCCGGGAGACGGUCUGCUUCGCCGCCCGGCUGCCGGCGGCGCGGUGGCGGCGGCCGGGCGCGCUGUGCCGCGUGCUGGAGGCGUUCGACCGGCGCGGCGUGGAGGUCCUGGCCGCGACGCUGGCGCGCGCCGGCGGCGGCGAGGAGGGCGCGGCCGCCAUGGUCACGGUCACCGCGGCCACCGCGGCGCCGGACAUACGGGAGAUGAUCAAGGCCGACAUCGCCGGCAUCGAGUGAUCCAUGACGCGGCUUCGUGAUCGAUCGAACGCCGCGAUGGCAUUUUGUUUCUUCCAUAUUACAACCAAAAUUAGGAGUUUAGAAUCGGAUGGAAUUUAAAGCUUCGUUUUGCAUCUUGAGGCUUUUUUCUUAAGGAGUUCAAACUCGUUUUAAAUAGGAAAUGAAUUUUUUGGCAGUGCAAGCCUGCAAUGCUUGUGAUGGUUUCAUGUUCUGUGCAAAACCCCA